AUGUGGAACGAAGCAAAAAGGUUCGUCGCUGAUCACAAGGUAUUCUUGUUAUCCGCUGGUGCUGCAGGAAUUGUUGCUUCAGCUGUAGCAGCCUAUUUCUUGAUCCCCAAAUUUCACAGAAAUUCAAAAACAUCAAAUCAACCAAAUUCCACAUCAAACGCUUCAAAACCAUCAUUACCAACAAAUGAUCCUUUAAAACCUUCGUCGAAUGAAGUAAUACCACCACACGAAAAAACACCCGAGAAGGUUCUGAACUUUAUCGAAGGAUUUACAAUUGGCAUUGGUGGAGAUGCUGCUCAAGAUCCCAACGGAGCAUGUGAACGAUCCAUCCACUUAACCUUAGACGAAUUCGAAGAAGCGUUUUCCGAGCUUCAAACUGGUUUUUCUAAUGUGGAUGUUACAAGCAUCGAGAAAGGUCUUCAAUCUCUUGGAAACGGAAUUUCCCAACUGGCACAAGUCAUGCAAAAUUGUUACGUGAAAGAAACUGUAGAUCGAAUGAAAGAAAUUGCACAAUCAUUACAAUCUCCCAAAGGUAUUCUUAAAAUUACCUCUCACGAAUUGGUCAAUGUUUUACAUCAUGGAUUUGAUUUGGCUCAUGAUUUAAAGAGUGCUUCGGAGAGUUUUCAUUCUAAGGAUUACAAACAAGCGGGAUUAGAGCUUGGAAAAAUUGUAUCCAUCUUGUUAAAGCAAUAA